AAAGACUUUGAGGAUUUAAGGAUUUGAGGUUUCUUGUGGAACACUUCUUAGGGUUUGUUAGGGCUCUUGAGAAAAGUAAUGGGUUCUUAUUCUGCUGGCUUCCCUGGAUCAUUUGACAACUUUGAUUUCAAUUUUGGAGGAGGAUUCUAUGUGGAUGAUCAACCUUUGUUAGAAAUCCCAUCUCCCUUUCCUCCUCCUCCUCCUCUAGCUCCUCCUCAUGCAGAUCCAUAUUCACAACAGAAUCUUGCUGCUGCUGAUGCUGAUUUCUCUGACUCUGUUCUGAAAUACAUAAGCCAAGUGCUUAUGGAAGAAGACAUGGAGGAGAAGCCUUGUAUGUUCCACGACGCUUUGUCUCUUCAAGCAGCUGAGAAGUCUCUCUAUGAAGCUCUCGGCGAGAAGUACCCUGAUCAUUCUCAGCCUCUGAUGACUACUAGCCCUGUUCAGUUAGCUCAUAGUCCUGACCCUUCUUCUUUUGCCUCAACCACUUCCUCUGAUUGGAGUUUUGAUUGUUUGGAGAACGAUAGGCCUUCUUGGUUGCACACACCAAUCCCAAACAACUUCGUUUUCAAGUCUACUUCCACUAGUUUCAAGCCCAAGUCCCCUGGUGGCAGUAACGUGGUUCUCAAGUCAAGUUUUACUGAUGAUUUGGUUUCUAAUAUGUUCAAAGAUAGCGAGUUAGCGUUUCAGUUCAAGAGAGGUAAGGAGGAAGCUAGUAAGUUCCUUCCUAAGAGUUCUCAGUUGGUUAUAGAUGUAGAGAGUUACAUCCCAGCAAAUGAUCCUAAGGAGCAUAACUCUGCUCCUUACAGAAAGAAAAAACAUUGGCGUGAAGAUGAACACUUGGCGUCUGAAGAAAGAAGUAAGAAGCAAUCAGCUGUUUACGUUGAUGAAGCUGAACUAUCUGAAAUGUUUGAUAAGAUUCUGUUAUUUGGCCGACCUAAGGAGCAACCUCUAUGCAUUCUUCACGAUAAUUUCAUUAAAGAAACCUCCCAAGAUUCAUCAUUAAGUUAUAAACGCGACACAACACAACAGAAGCCAGCUGCUAGUGGCAACACCUAUGUGAAAGAGACACCUGAUUUAAGGACCCUUUUGGUUUCAUGUGCACAAGCUGUGUCUGGUAAUGACCGUAAAAUGGCUGAAGAUUUGUUGAGACAAGUUAGGCAACAUUCAUCAUCUAACGGAGAUGGCACAGAGAGGUUAGCUCAUUACUUCGCAAACAGUCUUGAAGCACGCUUGGACGGGACAGGUACACAGGUCUACACCGCCUUGUCUUCCAAGAAAACAUCAGCCUCCGACAUGUUGAAAGCUUACAAGACAUACAUAUCUGUCUGCCCUUUCAAGAAAACCGCAAUCAUAUUCGCUAACCACAGCCUCAUGCACUUGGUGCCUACCGAUGCCAAAACCAUCCACAUCAUAGACUUUGGGAUAUCUUAUGGCUUCCAAUGGCCUCCUCUGAUUCAUCGCCUUGCUUGGAGGCGUGGUGGACCGUGUAAGCUUCGGGUAACAGGUAUAGAGCUGCCUCAACGAGGGUUUAGACCAGCAGAGGGAGUUGUUGAGACGGGUCAUCGCUUGGCUAGGUAUUGUCAGAGGUACAAUGUUCCCUUUGAGUACAAUGGUAUUGCUCAGAGAUGGGAAACAAUCAAAGUGGAUGACCUGAAGCUAAGAGAAGGCGAGUUUGUUGCUGUGAACUCUCUGUUCCGGUUUAGGAACCUCUUAGAUGAGACUGUGGCAGUGCACAGCCCGAGAGAUGCGGUUUUGAAGCUGAUAAAGAAGAUCAAACCAAAUGUGUUCAUCCCUGCGGUUCUCAGCGGUUGCUACAACGCGCCUUUCUUUGUAACGAGGUUUAGAGAGGUUCUGUUUCAUUACUCUUCUCUCUUUGACAUGUGUGACACCAAUCUGGCUCAAGAAGAUCCGAUGAGAGUUAUGUUUGAGAAGGAGUUUUAUGGGAGGGAGAUCAUGAACGUGGUGGCCUGUGAGGGGAGUGAGAGAGUGGAGAGGCCAGAGAGUUAUAAGCAGUGGCAGACGAGGGCGAUGAGAGCCGGGUUUAGACAACUUCCACUUGAGAAGGAACUGGUUCAGAAACUGAAGUUGAUGGUGGAAAGUGGAUACAAAAGCAAAGAGUUUGAUGUUGAUCAAGAUGGUAACUGGUUGCUUCAAGGCUGGAAAGGCAGGAUUGUGUAUGCUUCAUGUACUUUGGUUCCUAUGUAGACGUUUUGUGUUACAUCUUUGUAUAAUUGGGUUUGUUGUCUCUAUGUAUGUCCACACAUUGACAUUCAGAUUUGUAUAAUUGUACAGGUUCUAUUUGUGUAAUAUUAGCAGGUUAGGAUGAUUAUGAGAGAGAGAUUGUAUUACAUUUCAAUUAUAUAUUUCUUAAUCGAAUAGAC